GGUCCGGGCCCCUCGGCGUGCCGACCGCCCGCUGGAAACGCCACAUAGUGCGGCAGCUUCGGCAGCGGGACCGCGCGCAGAAGGCCCUCUUCCUGGAGCUGGUGCCGGCCUGUGAGUGCGCCGCGGGGGCCGUGCAAGACGGCAGUGGAGGGAACGGGGAUCCGGGCGCGGGGACAGGGGAUUGUCCGGCUCCUCGGGCUGAGAGCCGCGUGCAGAACAGCCUUCUCGCCUUCGGAUCCGUGGGCCUGGAGGUCGCUCUGUCUGUUAAACGCCCCACCUCUGACUAGCCUCCGUUCCUGCCCUUUCCAGGCCGGACUGCUUAGAGCCCCUUCCAGGACCCAGUUUCCCCCGGUGCUCCUGCCCUCCUAACCCCUCAGGGCCCGCCUCUCCUGGACUGGGUCUCCCGGGUACGGGUUUGUUAGCUAGUGUUGUUUUUUUAAGGGUCUCUUAUGCUCCCCCCUCCCGGGGCAGUUCCCAAGGUACAACUUAGUCGAUCCACUUGGUCCCUGUCACCCAAUGAAAGAACUCCGAGAGCAGCUACUUCUAAACUCUGAAUCUCUAUGGAGAAAGCUCAGAGUCUCAGGCUUCGCCACUGCUAAGUGAUCCUGGCUUAGGUUUUUGGAGCAUCUCUGUGCUUGGGCAACCCCAGCCUGAGGGAGAAACAGGAGGCUCCAGGCUGCUGGCUGAGACCAAGAAGUCAUACUUAGGUGUUUCUGUGGGGUGGGGGCUGGUCAGGAGUGGGUACGGCAGUUCAAGCCAGGGUGAACAGGUGCAUCUGUGUAAGUGCCCCUGGUCAUUCGAGGUUGUAUGUCCAGGGUCAUGGUUGGGGGGAUUACAACCACUAUCCCACCAGCUCCAACACUGGUCCUAAUUUUGGCUGCUGCUUAACUAUCUCCCCCCUUAUCCCCUAAACUGAAUUUGCAGCUCUUGUCCUGGGCCAUUUCCCUGCAACCCUCUAGGCUGCUGGUCCUCUCCCUCAGGGAUGUGAAGCCAGCCUCCUGCCUCCAGGCAGCCUCACUUAACCACUGCUCUGAUGGACAAUGGAACCAUCCAAGUUGAGGGAGAAGUUACCCCUGUUCCCCAAGAGCUGCAGUCCGUGAGACUGUAGAGACCCAGAGGGCUGAGAUCAGACAUAAUGAAGCUCCAGUUUUCUAUGUGGUCUAGGGUGGGUUGUAAGCUUCAGAUUUUUCACCCUUAAAUUGGGCAAAAUGGCAUCUUCUUUAGAUUUGCUGGGGGAGGGGGCAGUGCAGUGCCCUGAGGGCUGGGGUGGGGUUUUGUGCGAGAACUAGGCCAGUGACCCCAGCUGAGGUGACAGGCAGGACACUGAGUGAAGGAAAGGAGCUGAGGAGCUAGGCCUGGGCUUACCACACACUGCCCCCACCUACGGAACUGGUGAGAAAAGAGGAAGUGAGUGUGGUGGGGGUGGACGGAGAUAUUCCAGGGUCUUAGCAAAAACUACCAAAUUCAAGGAGGUCUGCUGAAUAGUUGCUCAAGGACUUUCUCUUCUGGCCUGGGGGAACCUUACCCCAACCCUGGGGAAGACAGGAUUGUUUUUCAGAGUAGAAAGUUAGAGCCCCUGGAGGGGAAGUAAUUUGCCAAAGGCCAGAGGCAGGUGGAGCUGGGUUUAUUUCAUCACUCUUUGGGGCAAAGACUUGCUGUGGGGCAAGGCUGAAUCAGUCUCUGGCCCCUUCCUUCCCUCAGGAUCCACAGGGGUCGGUGAGGCCAGCCAUCUCCUUCCCCUGCAGUGGUUGUCUUUCUUUAGUCUUCCCCUGGGAGGACCUGUGGGCUGGUACUGGGAGGAGGCUGUGCCAGGGCUGCAGGUCUUGGGAGAGCCCACAGACACCUUCAGACAGAGGCCAGAGUCCAGCCUGCCAGCAGCCAUGCCAUUCUGCAUCCCUGGGCUCCUCCUACAGCCCUCCCAGCCAGAGAGGUAGGCCUGGAGUCUGCUGGAAAUUGUUUUUCUCUGCCCCAGGCUCACCCUCCCCUACCCCUAGAUAACCGUCUCCUAGAGAAGGCUGAGUUGCUGGCCUGGAUCUCAGAGAAGCUGCAGCCAGAGCCAAAUGAUGUCACUCCCACUACCCUGCAGGGCCCCUGAUGGCCUACCAGGUAGUGGAGAAGAGCGCUGCCCUGGGCGCCCUGGAGUCGACGCUGGAGGAGCGGCAAAGCAGGCUGGCAGCUCUGGAGGCGCACGUGGCGGAGCUGCAGGAGGCGAGGGCGCGGCACGCGCGGCAAGUGGACGCACAGCGGGAGCUGAACGCAGCGCAGCGGGCAGCCUACGAGGCGCUGCGCGCGCACGCCAGGCUCCAGGAGGCAGCCCUGCGCAGGCUGGAGGAGGAGGCGCGGGACCUGCUCGAGCGGCUCGUGCAGCGCAAGGCGCGCGCCGCCGCGGAGCGCAACCUGCGCCUUGAGCGCCUCGAGAAGGCCAAGCAGGCGCAGGUGUCCUUGGAGCUGAAGAAGGCUGCCAAGCGGACAGUUAGCAUCAGCGAGAGCCCACACAGUGUAAGCCAGGGGAUCAGAGAGGAGGCUGAGACUCUGGCCCCGACUGCUGAGCCCCUAUCCCUGAAGAGUGAGGCUGGUGACAAGUGGAAGAGACCCUUCAGAUCUGCCUCUGCCACCUCCCUGACACUCUCCCGCUGUGUGGAUGUGGUGAAGGAGCUUCUGGAUUUCAAGAAGAGGAGAGGCCACUCGGUUGGGGGAGCUCCUGAGCAGCGAUACCAGAGCAUCCCUGUGUGUGUGGCUGCCCGGCCUCCUACCCAAGUGCAGGAUGUGCUGGAUGCCCACCUCUCCGAGGUCAAUGCUGUUUGUUUUGGUCCCAGCAGCAGCCUCCUGGCCACCGGAGGGGCUGACCGCCUCAUCCAGCUCUGGAAUGUUGUGGGAGGUCGUCUGGAGGCCAACCAAACCCUUGAAGGAGCUGGUGGCAGCAUCACCAGUGUGGACUUCGACCCUUCGGUGAGGGGACUUAGCCUCAGUGACAUGGUGUGCCUGUUGUGUGGGCUCCCCAACCCGCUCUCCAUGAUCUGGGAAGCUCUAAGGCAGCCCCUGCCCCAGCUCUCUGGCCUGAGGGAUGUUGCUUCUGUCCAGGUCCAGGUUAAGGGCCUUCGCCUUCCCCUUCCAUCUUUCCAGGGCUCACAGGUAUUAGCAGCUACUUACAAUCAGGCCGCCCAGAUCUGGAAGGUGGGGGAGGUACAGUCCAAGGAGACACUGUCUGGACACACAGACAAGGUGACAGCUGCCAAAUUCAAGCUAACGAGGCAUCAGGCGGUGACUGGGAGCCGAGACCGGACGGUGAAGGAGUGGGACCUCGGUCGUGCCUACUGCUCCAGGACCAUCAAUGUCCUUUCCUACUGUAAUGAUGUGGUGUGUGGGGACCAUGUCAUCAUUAGUGGCCACUAUGACCAGAAGAUCCGGUUCUGGGACAGCAGGGUCCCCUGCUGCACCCAGGUCAUCCCUGUGCAGGGCCGGGUCACCUCCCUGAACCUCAGCUAUGACCAACUGCAUCUGCUCAGCUGUUCCCGAGAUGACACGCUCAAGGUCAUUGACCUUCGUGUCAGCAAUAUCCGCCAGGUGUUCAGGGCUGAUGGCUUCAGGUGCGGUUCUGAUUGGACCAAAGCUGUGUUCAGCCCGGACAGAAGCUAUGCGCUGGCAGGUUCCUGGGAUGGAGCCCUUUACAUCUGGGAUGUAGACACCGGCAAGCUGGAGGGUAGUCUGCGGGGACCCCACUGCACUGCUAUCAACGCUGUGGCCUGGUGUGCCUCGGGGAGCCAUGUGGUGAGCGUGGACCAGGCCAGGAAGGUCGUGCUCUGGCGCUAGUGUCAUGACUCCUCCUGCCAGGGCUGAAGCUCGAGUCUGAAGCCCAAACCCAGAGGACAGCUUCCCACUGCUCACAGGACUCCAGAGCAAGUGGGGCUGGGGGUUGGGGGGCGGUGACCUUGGGGCAUUUAAUGGGGACUAAGGCCUGGCAGGACCUGGCCUGUUUAAAAAAAAAGUUUGUGUGUGUGUGUGUGGGGGGGAAUUAUAGUAUAUUUUGUUUGUUUUGAAUC